AUGCCUGUUCCGGUGCCCCUCUCCAAUAAAGCUUCGCUCAGCCGCAAGAUCGCGGUCGCUGCGCCACCCCGCCGCGUACACGCCCUCCAACAGCAGCGCGCGUCGGUACUCAGCCUCGCCACUGACGGCAGAUACAUUUACUCGGGCUCUCAGAGCGCGGACAUCUCUGUAUGGGAUAGCUUUAGCUUUGAGCUCAAGACUACGCUUCGGGGACACACUGGCAGCGUACUCGCACUUGAACCCGCCAGCGACCGGAACUGGCUCUUCAGCUCGUCUGGUGACAGUACCAUUCGCGUAUGGUGCACACGAAAGCACAAGCCGCUACUUGUCCUCAACCCAUAUCUCGACACCGACGCCGGUGACCUCUUCUCACUCGCAUGGUCUCCGGCUCUACAGACGAUUUACGUCGGCUGCCAAAACACCUCUCUACAGUGGUACAACUUCCCGCCACUAACAUCCGCCGACGCGCCCGGCACACCUCUUCCAUCCGGCGCGUCAACACCGAGCAUUCGCCCAGCGCACAAGUUCUUCGACUCGUUCCCGCGCUCGCUGCGCCGGACCGCCACCUCGCAGUUGAGCCGAGAUAGCUCGGGCUCGGCCAGCAACGAAAGCGAGCCCGCUCCUGUGCAGACCAUCGAUAUCCCGGCGGAGAACGUGAUCGACUCGGCACACUAUGGCUACAUCUACUGCAUGGCCCUUCUUCCCAGCUCGCGCGAAGGCAGCGACGAUGCCAGCCCACGCGAAGACGGUGAAACAUAUCUUGUUACAGGUUCAGGCGAUGAGGCGAUUAAGGCAUGGCGCUUAACGCCCUCCGGUCCCGAAUUGGUAGCCGAGUGCGAGUGUUCGCACGGUGCGGUGCUCUCCCUGGCCGCACGAGGCGAUACCGUAUACGCUGGGUGCCAGGACGGCUACGUCAAAGUAUGGGAUCUGCAAACACGCACUUUGAUGCGGACCAUCAUCGUCCAGGAAGGGGUCGACGUCCUUAGCCUGAGCGUGCUGGGUACAGACGUGUACGCCUGCUCAGCUGACGGGCAAGUUGCAUGCUUUGCGGAUACAUUUGACUGCUCCGCCGCUUGGCGAGGGCACGACGGUAUCGUCCUGUCCAGCAUUGUCGCGCGGCAGCGUCAGACGGACGAAUACUUCCUCGUCACGGGUGGCAAUGAUGGUGCUAUAAACUUCUGGGGUGUGCGUCCCGGCGGCCUCACUAGCGCAUUAUCCUGUUCAGACGACAUCAUUCGGGGAGAGUGCAAAGACGACGUGUUCUUUUACGCGCUGAACAAGUUUGUGGCCCUUCCUAGCGUGAGCAGUGCUCCAGAACACCGCGAAGACUGUCGACAAGCCGCAGUCUGGCUUCAAAAAUGCAUGCAGCAGCUCGGUGCUCCGUCUAAACUGCUCUCGACUGGCGACGACACAAACCCGAUCGUGCUUGCUACUUUUCAGGGUGCAUGCUCGUCAACUGCCACGCGCAACCCGCGCAUCCUCGUAUACGGCCAUUACGACGUCAUCUCUGCACCUCCAGAGGGCUGGGACUCGCCGCCCUUUACUUUGACAGCACGCAAUGGCAGCAUGUACGGCCGUGGGGUGAGCGAUGACAAGGGUCCUGUCCUUGCUAUGGCUUGCGCCGCGGCGGAGCUGUUGCAGAGCAGACGGCUCAACGUUGACGUGCUCUUCCUUGUCGAGGGAGAAGAGGAGACCGGUUCCGUCGGCUUCCGCGCUACGGUUGAAAAGUACAAGGAGCAUAUCGGUCACGUUGAUGCGAUCCUUGUUAGCAACUCGUCAUGGAUCGCGCCAAACGUACCUUCCAUCACUUAUGGACUGCGAGGCGUCGUGCACUGCAACCUCCAGAUCACCGCCAACAAUCGACCUGAUCUGCACUCUGGCGUGUAUGGAGGCGGCGUACAGGAGCCGAUGAUGGAUAUGAUCCAACUACUCGCUGCACUCCAAGACCGUGAUCGACGUGUACUCAUACCUGGCUUUUAUGACAAUGUCCGCGCACAGGACAAGAAAGAAGCCGAACUGUUCACCAUGCUCGAGGAGAUCACCCAAACAUGUUCCUCGAAGUUGCGCUCGCGAUGGUGCGAACCUUCGCUCACCGUUCACAACAUCUCGGGGUCAGGACCAAGAAACUCAACCGUGAUACCCUCCUCUGCGUCCGCGCAAGUCUCCAUCCGCAUCGUACCGGACCAGGAUCUGGAUACCAUUUCAGCGCAGUUGUGCUCGUACAUUCGCGAUACGUUCACUGGUCUGGACUCGUCACAUAAGCUCUCGGUAUCAGUUGAUCACGCCGCCGACUGGUGGUUAGGCGAGCUCGAGCACCCUUGGUUCCUCGCGCUUGAAUCCGCUAUCCACGAUGAGUGGGGUGUACAACCCAUGCGCGUACGCGAGGGAGGAACUAUCCCGUGUAUCCCUUUCCUUGAGAAGUCCUUCGGGUGCCCUGCACUCCAUCUUCCAAUGGGCUCUGGUGCAGAUCAAGCACAUCUUCCGAACGAGCACCUCGCACUAUCGCACCUACGACACGGCAAGAGCGUCGUGAAGCGUUUCUUAGAGCGCGUUGGCGAAGGUGGUGUAUUGGGACCGGCGGCAGAAGACGCCCCAUGA